GUCGGAGCUACCACAGAUCCGACUCUAGUGUUCACGGUUCACGCGACAGAAGCAGCUGUCUCUUCCAGCACUCAGUGGUCUCAACAAUCGGCCGCUCUCUGCUCUCUCUCUCUCUCUCUCUUUCAGGUGGUAGAAAGGAGAUUUUGAGGAUGGCAAGCUAUUUGUGGAGAAAGUAUGCUGAUUAUUUGUAUUACAAGUGGGAAAAGACGAUUCUCUGGGACAUGCUGGAGCCAUAUAGGCGUCCCAAAUCUUUCACUCCCCUUGUCACACUCUACAUUUUUGCCUUUUACACGGGGGUUAUUGGAUCAGCUAUUACCGAGCAACUAUAUAAGGAGAAAUAUUGGGAAGAUCAUCCAGGAGAAGCAGUGCCUCUGAUGAAACCAAAGUUCUAUGGUGGCCCUUGGAGGGUAAUGAGAGGAGAAGUACCACCAUCGAUCAAGCAGGGUUAAGCAACUGCAUAGAUUUCCUGUCUAACGUAUUCCGAGAUUUUCUGUAACUUACCUCCAAUGACAUGUAUCCGUCCACCAGUUAGUUCUUUGUGUAUUAAGAGCUAUCAUUAUUCUCACGGUCCAUCAUAUACAGAUUUUGAGGUGUUAUCGAACUUUACCUAUUUUAGAGUUCAAGUUAAGAGUUGGAUAUGCUCCUAAAUUAUUCAGAUAAUUGUUUUCAUGAUA